GAAACUCCUUAGAGGAUGUAAAAUACAAUAUAUUCUUUGAUGGAGUAAUUCAAUUAUUUUUCUGUUUAAAAUCUAUAAAAAAAUAUGCAGUUGUAAUCAUAAAUAAAUGAAAACAAUACUUCUCAUGUAAAUCAAUAUAAACCUCAUCAUUUGAUCAUUUUAGAAUUGAUAUCAAAUAGAACCAAUUAUUGUUCUGAACAAUAUUUGACUUUUAUUAGCGACUAAUUGAACAAAAACUAAAACUUAUUCAAUAACCUCAUGGUUUUUGAAAAUGAAACGCAAGUAUUCAAUAAAGCAAAGAGAGAUUCGUUUGCCUUGUUAAAUGAUAGCUAAUUGGAAAAUAUCAGAAGACUUUCUGAAGACAUUCUUGCUAUAGACAAAAAAUAUGGUAAUUUGAUGUGUGAGAGUUAAAAUGAUCACAUUGAAGAAACAAUUUAACCGAAAUCAUAUGAAAUUUAAAAAAUUCUUAGUUAACAGUAUCAAUAUAAACACUUAAAAAAUAGCUUCUCUAAAUUAUUGAGAACUUAUCCUAUAUUUGAGAUAGUUGAAAUACCAAAAUAGAAGUCGAUACUGCAAUAAAUAGAAAUAAUUAAAGCGUUACAAGAGCACUCAUAGAAAGUAGAAGUAGAGAGAAUUUAAUAAAAUUAAAUAAGCAUAACUGCAACCACUUAUAAAUAUGCCUAAACCUACUUGAAUUUUGUUCUUAAUCCACAAAUUAAGUAUGUAAUUAGGAUUAAUAUUUAAUCAUUUAUAAACUCCUAUGAAAAUUUCAUCUUAUUUGGGUUGGUAAGUGAAUAAGACAAGGACAUUAAACUGCUUCACAACGACAUGUUAAGUUAUUGCGAGAGAGGAAACGAAUUUGGUAUGAACAAAAUUAUAAAAGGAGGACCACUCCACUUGAAUAGUAAGCUUCAUAGAAAUAGGACUUUCGAAGUUAGAAUUCACUUAGCUGAAAAAAUAUUCAAGAUAGCAGAUUAUCCUAAAUACGAGAGGGCUUGUGAGAUAAAUGAUAAAUCUAGACUUAUUCCUGAUCUACCUUACAGAUUUGCAACAGAAUUGUGUUAUAAAGACGAUAAAAUAAUAAUUUAAGAUAUGCUAGAAGUAGAGCAAUUUGAUGAUUAAAUGUGA